AUGCCCCCUCCCUCAGAGCUAUCCGCACGAUGGAAGAGGCCAUGUAAAGGAAAACACUGUGGUUACGGCUAUGGAGGUGGUUAUGGCGGCUAUGGUGGAGGUUAUGGAGGAGACUAUGGAGGCUAUGGAGGCUACUUGGGAAGUUAUGGAGGCUAUGGAGGCUACCUUGGAGGUUAUGGAGGUGGCUAUGGAGGCUACCUAGGAGGUUAUGGAGGCUACGGAGGUGGCUACGGAGGUGGCUUUAAAGGCUACGGUGGAAAUGGUGGUCUGGGAGGAUGGGAGGAUGGGGAGGCUAUGGCGGUGGCUAUGGCGGUUAUGGUGGUGGCUACGGCGAUGGCUAUGGCUAUGGAGGUGUUGGUGGAUACGGUGGCGGAUACGGUGGCGGAUAUGGAGGAGGAUACGGUUGGAAUAUGGGAGCCUAUUGCAAAUGGCGACCCAAGUGCGGCCCGAAGCAAAAGUUUGUUGGCCGAUGCCCAUGGUGCGAGAAGGGCUGCCUCCGAUGAGCACCUGCCAGCUACUUUAAUUUUUUCUUCAGUGCAGCCUUCCAUGGCGGCUGUAGUCGCAGCCCCAGUGCGGAACAAAUAG